AGUAGGUUAGAUUUCAUUAUAUUUGGGGUUUUCACGUAUCUCUUUCGUUCUCUUGCACCGUACCUUUGCGCGACUGCGUGGGAGAGAAGAAGAAGGGGAAGGAGCCAAGGCAACACGAUUGUCCGUCCAUUAACGAAACAUACAAACCGAAAAAACCGGCACACACACACACAAGAAGAGACGCACGUGAUAAAUCGCGUUUGUUUUCCUUCUCAUCAUCCAGAUCAACAGCUGCAGUUUCUCUUUUUUCUUCGUAUUGUACACGAACAGAAAGGCGAAGAGCAAAGUAUAUAGUCCUAGUAGAUCGCCUUUAUUCUUCUUUGUCGUCUUUCCCCCGCUUUUACAGCUAUUUAUUUGUCGUGCUGUUGUAUCUCUGCUGCCUCCGAUAGCCAUCAGAGCUGUGCUGUGUGUUGCGUCUUCAGCCGUGGUACGCUACGCGGACGAAGUCUACUGUGACCAUUUGAAGGUGACUUUCUCUCUCUUAAAAAAAAAAAAUUGUUUGUUUGCUUUGUCGUUGAGUCACCAUACGCAAUGGAUCCGCCGCACGUCCCCCCGUCACCGCAGCAGGCGCCGAUAGAGGCACCCGGCACCCACCACCCCGCCGUCUCCAUGCGCACCGAGUCCACCAUCUCGCUGGAGCUCAUCCAAUCCGUCACCAUCAACCGUGAGAAGCUCUCGGAGUGGCACCACAAGAUUCGCGCAAAGCUGUUUCCGAUGGUGUCGGGCUUUUUCGUGCGCUGCCGCGUCGAGGACUCCGUCGACGGCCGUGCGCUGUACAAGGUUGGCCGCAUCAAGACGCUCAAGCCGGACUGGUCCGUUGAGCUGGACCUCCUCACGAUGGACGAAAUUCGCGCCGGCCGCAACAACACGAACUACGACUGCAUCAGCAAUGCCAAACUGUCGGCGACGGAGUGCAACACGUGGCUGACGCGCGUGUCGCCGGAGUUGCUGUCGGAGAUCACCUCGACGAUCUACCGCAUGGAGGAGCGCAUGCACAUGAUGGAGGCCGUCAUCCUAGCCGAGCCGGCCUUCCACAGCCGCCGCCGCGAGGAUCGCCGGCGCGAGGAGCAGACGAGCUCGGCGGGUCCACCGGUGCCGGAGAAGUACGUCUUCUCGCAAAACGUGCUGCUGUGCGAGGACGACUACGUCAGCCUGCCGCAGACGGUGACGAUUGUGGACUUGUUCCAGAACGCCAUCGGGCCGAAGGGCGUGGCGGAGCCCGAUACGCCGCGGGCCGGCGUCGCGCCGAACACCCGCUCCCGCGUCGGCGACGAGUCGGUGGCGAGCCACAGCACGAUGAUGCAACUGCAGGACAUGCGCAACUACAUGAACUCGCCCACGCAGCCGCCGGUGGACCCUACCCGCCUCAUCGACAUGAUCCGCCGAGCCGCCAACCCCUCGCACAACAGCUUCACCUACGACAACUUGCCGGACUUCUGCAAGCUGGUCAUCUCGGUCUGUAGUAUGUGCCGCGAGGUGGUGGCGAAGGAGCCGCUCUUUGUGCACCUGAAAACGCCGGUCACCGUCUUUGGCGACAUCCACGGCAACUUCGCCGAUAUGGGAUACUUCCUGGAGAAGGUCAUCGCCUUCGAUGACGUGAUGCUCAAGUACACGAUGCAGAACCUCCUCUUUCUCGGCGACUACGUUGACCGCGGCGCCUUCUCACUGGAGUGCGUCAUGUACCUCUUCGCCCUGAAGGUGAUCAACCCAACCAAGGUGACGCUGCUGCGCGGCAACCACGAGUCGCCGGAGGUAAACGGCGACAUGGACGUGUACGGCUACAGCUCCUUCAAGUACCAAUGCCUCGACAAGUUCGGCCGCGACCGCGGGAUGGACGUGUGGGUGGCGGUGAACGAAGUCUUCCAGUACCUCCCGGUGAUCGCCGACAUCGACAAGAAGAUCUUCUGCGUCCACGGCGGCCUGCCGCAGUACUCGGGGGGCGAGGACAAGCGCCUGGAGAUUUUGUCCGACCCGAACUUCCCGCGCAUCCCCGUCGUGCAGUGCGCCGACCCGACCAACGUGGCGCAGCGCAUGAUGGUGAACGACCUUCUCUGGUCGGACCCCGCGCCGCCGGACCAGCAGCUGGACCGCUACGGCUUCGGCCCGAACCCGCGUGGACCGGACAUUAAGACGUUCGGCUCGCGCGCCGUGGACAUGUUCUGUGAGCGCUACAACUACCAGUACAUCUUCCGCGCCCAUCAGGAAAAGGCGGAUGGCCUGCGGCUGUCCGACAACGCGCGUGUGGUGACCAUCUUCUCCACCUCCGACUACGCCGGCCACCAGAACGGUGCGGGCUGCAUCUUCGUAGCGAACGGAAAGAUGCGCAUGGCGAUCAAGAAGCCGCAGCGACAGGAGGUGCAGCGAGAUACGAAGGGACCUGUCUCGCCGCGGACGCUGGCGAAGAACGCGCCGGGCUUUGUGGUGCGCAUGAAGAAGCCACAAUAG